CAACACCUUUUGAGAUGGAGACAGCCAUGAGCAAGUCGAACGGGCAGCAUCGCUGUAGACGAAGGGUGGGUCGGGUGGCUCCAACGAGAACGAACGACUGUAAUGGACAAAACGGGCGGAACGAGAGGCCAGCUGGCCAUGGCCGCGCACGCAGUGUUACGAAGAUGCGGUGGUCGCUUCGGUCGGGACGUAGUACUCGUCGCUUGGGAAGCUGACGUAGGAUGACGUCACUACCAGGGGCUGGCAAAGCCUGCUCUUUCUCGCCAUCCCCGGGAAAUGUACCAGAUUGGCCGCACCGCCCCACUUGCCGCGACGCUGCCCCGCGCUUACUUCGGGUUCAGUUGGUGGGAGAGCAAACACCAAAAACCCUCCUUUUCGAUCUGGGAAAGCCCCGGUGCAGCGUAGCCUGUAAUGAGAUGCCUUUCUACAUCCACAGAACUAGAGAAGCGGGAGACAGCCGGGGCGCUAGUUAAGGUGACGUCGAGAUCAUCGAACGGUCGAUGUUGGACUGUCGUGGACGAGCGCUUCGUUGGCUAAGAACUGGCCAUGUGUAUCGAGGUGGUGCAGCACCUAGAUCCGGAACCGUUGACAAAAUACGUCACUUUGGGCAGACUCCAUUCGAAAGUGCCGCCUCUGGGUUUCCACUCCAGUGUCGAGUUUCACCCGGAUCUCCAAGCAGCGGCGACGGGAACCAGGACGACGGCUAAGGAACGACGACCACCGGUCCGAGUGAUCGAGAGCGGACCUCCGGGCGUGGGGGGAGCUCUGUCGGCGGAAUACGGAUACUCGUUCGAUACAGUGACGGCAGGCGGGGAGGGGGCGGAGAACGGACCUGGGUUCUGCACGCAAACCGCUGUCUUCCAAAAAAGACUAGGAAUCGGAGCUUAGUUGAUAACCUUCCUCAUGACGAAGCCUAUCGUCUUCAACAAAGC